GGGGAUCUUAUUCUGAAGUCCGUGAGCAACAUCCACCCGGAAAUCCGCUUUAUCAUCCGUGAGUGGAGCGGCUGGUUGUUGUCUGUGUGACCGACCGAUGAGCACCUCUCCCGGACACUCGUAGCAGACAUCUCCCGGUGCUGUGUCAUGUUUGUAUCCGACCCGUGACGAUGCAGAUCCUGACCCCUCAUGUGUACUGGGCUCAGCGGCACGGAGACAUCUUCCUCCGGGUGGAGCUGAGCGACGCUAAGAACCUUGACAUCAGCCUGCAAGAAAACAACACACUUCAGUUCAGAGCACAGGGCCGCGGAGCUAAAGGAGACAAUGACUACGAGUUCAGUUUGGAGUUCCUGGAACCGGUCAGAGCCGAGAUCAACCACAGGUCCACCCAGCGCCUGGUGGACAUCAAGAUCAAGAAGCAGGAGGAGCGCUGGUGGGACCGGCUGACGCUGCAGGAGAAGAGGCCGGUGUUCCUGGCUCCGGACUUCGACCGCUGGCUGGACGAGUCCGACGCCGAGAUGGAGCUGCAGGCGAAGGAGGAGGAGAAGAUAAACAAGAUCAGUGUGGAGUCGAGAGUUCGUAAAGAUCCGUACCUGGGUCUGAAGAGAGGCUACUUGUUCAUGUACAACCUGGUGCAGUUCCUGGGAUUCUCCUGGAUCUUCGUCAGCAUGACCGUUCGCCUCUUCAUCCUCGGUCAAGAUUCCUUCUACGACACGUUCCACAACAUGGCCGACAUGAUGUACUUCUGUCAAAUGAUGGCCGCCCUCGAGGUCAUUAACCCCUUGUUGGGCUUGGUGAAGUCGGCGUUCCUUCCUGCUAUGAUUCAGGUGGCCGGGAGGAACGUGAUCCUGUUCGUGGUCUUCGGCUCCCUGGAGGAGAUGCAGAACAAGCCUGUGGUGUUCUUCGUCUUCUACCUGUGGAGCACCAUCGAGAUCUUCAGGUACCCGUUCUACAUGCUGGGAUGCAUCGGCACUGACUGGAAGUUGUUAACGUGGCUGAGGUACAGCCUCUGGAUCCCUCUGUACCCGCUGGGCGUCCUGGCUGAAGCGGUGGCUGUGAUCCAGUCCCUGCCCAUCUUUGACGAGACCCGUCUGUUCAGCGUCUCGCUCCCGGCCGUGCUGGGGGGGUCGUUGAGCUUCUCCUACACUCUGCAGCUCUACCUGGUCUUCAUGUUCCUGGGACUCUUCAUCAACUUCCGUCACCUGUACAAGCAGCGGAGGCGGCGCUACCGCUCGAGGAAACGGAAAGUCCACUGACCCGUCGCUCCACUCUGAACUGACGUCCACCUGAAGAUGAACCAGCUGUUUUCCUGUUUUCUGCCUUUUCUCAUCUUCCUGCUCACACACUAUAACAACCUGGGUGGGGGGGUGAACUGUGAAUCCUGCUGUGAGUUUAACUUAUCCUCAUGUUCUUAUAUCUUUUCUCCUUUCUCACAUUUCACAAAGAAAAUCCGCAAUGAAGGAAUAUUAGAAUCAUGUUUAUCAUUUAAAACAGUCUCUGAUCUAGAAAAAACAUUUAGGAACAUUCCAACGUACCACAUGGUUUUAGUUUACAUCGUGACAUCGGGAAUCGUGUCCUUGUUUGUUCAGAUAUAUUUCUAAAAGAUUUCAAUGAUGAUUCAUCACUUUUACCAAUGACACAAUUUUAGAUUUAUAGAUUCCUGCAGGAACCAACAGCAGUGUCCAGAGCGAUUUGUGUUGAAUUCAAAAUCCAGUUCCUAUGAUUCAUCAGCACUGAGGAUGUUAAUGAGCCGUUUCCUUUGUUUAACCAACGUCUGUUUGAAACCUGAGUGGCAUGAUUUUCCUUUUUAUUUAUUUCUAUGUUUGUCGGUUGUGUAAUUUUCCAUCUGUUCACUGUAUUUGUUUAUUUAUCUCUGUGAACUCAGUUUAUGUCUCAUAAAGGUUCCUGUUGGAGGACGUGAGGACUGUGCCUGAUUUUAAGUCACAAUCAUUGUUUCAUGACCAAAUGAAUAAACUUCAGAAUUCUUAUAUCA